AGCUUCCACAUCUUGCAGGCUCUGGUUCGUGAUCGAGGUUAGCGAAGUAGGACAGACAACACGUCUGACAUAACAAACGUCGUUAAAGCCACGUGUGACAGUUUUAACUGGUGCACUUGUCUUGAUGAGCCAGAAGGGUCAGUCUCACAACUGUCGGGGUAGAAGUUUUUCCAGGACCCGGUGCGCUAUUCACGCUUGUUGACGUUGACCACGGUGGCGUGACUUUACGAUCAUCAUGGCAGAAUCAGAAGUUCGCUCUGAGAUGCGUGAGUAUUGGAAGGAGCACUCCAAGGAGUCCUCAGCUAAGGAGAUGAUGUUAGACUCCAAGGGAGAGCUCCUUGUGACGGCAGAGGUCGAUGAGAUCAUGUCUUAUCUCCCUCCAUUAAGCAACAAGGAUGUUAUCGAACUUGGUGCAGGAAUAGGGCGUUACACUGGCCUUCUGGCUGAGAAAUGCAAGUCUCUUGUCGCAGUGGAUUUCAUGGAAGGUUUCCUGAAGAAGAAUAAGGAGUUGAAUUGUCACCAUGGCAAUAUUAAUUACAAGUGUGUGGAUGUUACAAAGUUGGAGUUGCCACUGGUCAGCGCUGACCUUGUCUUCUCCAACUGGUUGAUGAUGUACCUCAGUGAUGAUGAAGUGAAAGCCCUGGUUGCCAGUCAGUUGUCAUGGUUACGAGAAGGAGGAUACUGUUUUGCUCGUGAAUCUUGCUUUAGGCAAUCAGGUGAUUUGACGCGAUCAUUUAACCCGUCUAAGUACCGAGCUCCUGCAGAUUAUGAGAGGCUGUUUAGAUCCGUCAGUUUGCCUACAGAGGACGACCAGGGAGUGUACAUAUUUGAGUUGGUUCUUUCCAAGUCUGUGGAUGCGUAUAUCAGGCUGAAAAACAACAACAGUCAGAUUGUGUGGUUACUGCAGAAGGUGAGGGUAGGGAAAGAGCGUUACCAGGGUUACCACACAUUCCAGCAAUUUCUUGACAGUCGACAGUAUUCUAAGGAAAGCAUUUUACGUUACGAGAAAGUCUUUGGGCAGAAUUUUGUCAGUACUGGUGGACUGAAAACAACACAGGAGUUUGUGAGUAUGCUGGAUCUGAAGAAGGGACAGAAAGUGUUAGAUGUUGGUGCUGGCAUUGGGGGCUCAGCCUUUUACAUGGCCAAGGAGUAUGGAGUGAAUGUCUUGGGUGUGGACUUGAGUUCAAACAUGAUCAGCAUAGCCCUAGAGAGAGUGGAGCAGAUGGCAGGGGAUAAGUCGCAGGUGAAGUUUGAAGUGGCAGAUGUAACAAAGAGGCAGUACCCCUGUGAUAGUUUUGAUGUUAUCUACAGUCGAGACACCAUCCUUCAUAUCCAGGACAAGCCAGCCCUGUUCAGCAAGUUUUAUAGCUGGCUGAAACCUGGUGGCAAGGUCAUGAUCUCGGACUAUUGCUGUAAGGAUGGGGAACUAUCUGAGGAAUACAAGGCCUAUGUCAGACAGCGUGGCUACUUUGUGGUCAGCCCUCAGCAGUAUGGACAGUUGUUAAAUUCUGCUGGUUUCACUGCUGUUCGAACUGAAGACCGAACUGAGCAGUUUGUGGAGGUUUUGAAAGGGGAACUCUGUCAAACAGAAAAAAACAAGGAAGAAUUCAUAGCUGAGUUCACAGAGGAUGGGUACAACACAAUUGUGAAUGGAUGGAAAGACAAGCUACGUCGCUGUGGUAUGGGGGACCAGAGAUGGGCAUUAUUUUAUGGGGAAAAGCCAGACUCCUCACAGCCCCAGUGAUUUACCUGGUAUUAACAGGUGCAAUUUAUACAUAAUGCAUUGCCAAACCAUUGUUUGAUUUUAUUCGUGUCUGUCUUUUAUUAUUAUUGCUACAAAAGUAUUUUUAACUUGUAUUAUUUAUUUUAAUCGCAUUUUUGGCGCAUUUAAAAAAUUAUCAGGCCUAUGUUUUUUUGUUAUAUCCACCCCAUUUGUUUCCUUUGUAUUUGUGUACACCAAUGGCCUUCUUUCCAAGUCCAAAACCAAUCCAAAAUAAAGCUACUUAAGCAGCAAGUUUCAAAUCGGUAUUUCCGGCCCACAUGUCAUCACUUCCGGGUACUUAAAUGGUGUCUUUAUGCACUGCGGAUGUAGACAACUUAUUAUCAGAAAUGUACAUUCUUCCUGGCCAUCAAUAUAUUGAUAUGUACACUGUACUACAUGUACAUGUGCCAAAUGUAGUAGUUCAGCCUUCGGACAAUUUUUGAAGGACUCCUGAGUUAUUUAACACAGGUGAACGAUUUUCAGCAUUACAUACAGUACAUAUGUAGCCAUUGUCACUCAACCAUUUUUAUCUUUACAACUGCAACAGUUUCCUGUCACUUAUGCAAAUAUGGGGGUAAUUGCGUUUUUCGCAAUUUGCAACAACAGUAUACAUAGCAGGGAAUGUUAAAUAAGAUCAGAUUGGUUAUCAGGAUGUCAAAUUAUGUCAGGUAACAUGUUUAGAAACUUUAAAUUCAAAUUUUUUGUUUUAGUUUGCAAAAAUUUUGAAAAAUGCAAAAAAGUGAGAUUUCUUUUUGGUAUGUCCUUCUUCCGGUCUGCAGACGUCGCUUCCUGUUAUGUAAAAUUAGUCAUCUUGCCUUGAGAUGUUGUUAUGCCUUAAAAUAAUGUGUCUACCUUCAUUUGUUAAGGAGAAAUAAUCAUUUCCUGUUUUGAGGAAGUCUCUUUCAGUUUUGCAGAAAUUGCAUAUUCGGAAUCAGCAUCCAAAACUGCUUCUGAUAGACUAUUUCCCAUAGUAAGAUUUUUAACCAAAUUAUUAAAAUUAAAUUAUAGGAAAAAAACAAGUUUUUGGGUAAAUGGUAGUAAAAGGUGUUUAUAUUUGAACCCACAUUACAAAAUCUGGCCAUACAGAUGUAAGAACUACAUGUAAUGGCCUGCUGCUUUUAUAUGGCAGGACUUACCCGGUACUUUUAAUAUUUUUUAUGACCUGCCAUAACUCAGGGUCAGUGAAUACUUACAAGGAGGAAAAUUUACUCUGUAUUGUCGGUAAUCUCCAGUGAAAAAAUUGACUGUACUUAACGAAGCACCCAUUCUUUCAAGUACUCUUGACCAACAACUAUAUUUUUCAUGACUCCCCAAGAUGAUAUAAAGUCAAUCAGUAUUUUAUUGUAAGAAAAUAAACUUAGAGGCAUGAACAUUUAGACUGUAUAGUUGGUCAUCUGCAACCAGCAGCCAUUUGCUUACAAAGUUAACGGUUUAUGGGUUUGAAGUACCAUUAAUCUUUUCUUGCGAACUUUCACAAAUAUUGGUAAAGUAAUUUUUUCUUAACUUUUAAAUCAUAAAGAAACAUUGCUAUAUGGUAUUGCAAGCCAGUCUGUCAUUUAUGAAAAAAAAAAGGUAAGAGAAAUUCAAUUCACAAACUUUUGUGAAAGCCAGCCAACAUGUAGGUCAGGGUGCAUGUUUUCAUACAGGAUAUGCACCUUUACAAUCUUAUAGUACAUCUUACAGUGCUCGUACACACAUUCCUUAAUAAAUGUGUUACACAUA